AUGUCAGCUAUCGAAGUUUACGCCUACUGCAUGCAGUGCGAGAAGGAGCGCUAUAUUGACUGGACCGGUACUUGUCCAAAGGGCCAUGAUCCUGACAGUUUGUCUGACUCAUCUGUUUCGGAAGCCUCUGACGACGACUCAGAUGGAGGAUUUUUGCUAGAAUAUGCCUCUCAAGGCUCCUCUGAUCUCCCUCGCUCAGGUCAAGUAUCUGAAGUUGAUUCCGAUGCAGCCGAGGAGCUAUUUGAACUCUCAGGUAAUGUCCUAGAAGCAUUAUCGGAUCUUCUAUUGAGAACUAUGCUCUGCGACGAUGUCGGCUGCUGUGAUGCUGAAGAAGCUGAAGAUGAUGCCUCUGAGGCUGCAUGGUCUACAACAGGUCGCUGCGACGAGGCCGAUUGCUUGUGCUGCCAUGAUGCCCAAGACGCUGAUCAGGAGCCUCCAACAUAUUCUACGGAAGGUACUAAUCACAGCCCUCAUAUGAUCGAUAUAGAAGACCUCUUUCUCACUGAGGCCGCCUUUUGCUCUCAAUUCGAUGAGGUGGCUGCUGCAGGAGGGGCUACGAUGGAUUUAGAAACCGAGGAACUCUUGGACUCGGCUAGAAUUAUUAAGUCCCUAAAGGCCGUGCGAGCCUUGAUAGCUUCGCAAGCUAGGGAGUAA